AUGGAGCGGAACCAGCUCAUGCAGCAGAUGCAGCUGCAGAACCUCCCAAUCAAUCAGCAGCAGGAGAUGAUGGACCAGCUGCAAAGGCAGCAGCAAGAACAGCAGCAACAGCUUCUGCAACCUAACGCGGCGAUGCCGUGCGCUACCCCGUCUACUCCGACACAAGGGAUCGCUGUGGCAAA